AUGAAGCGAAAUUAUGGCCAAACAGUUUCUGUCCAUUCGGGGUAUACCACCAGGGCCUCGGUGGAUGUAGAAAAGCCUACUGGUGAAGAUCGGCCCAAUGCCGAUGAUGGAGCUCGUGAUCGGCCCGAUCCCCGGAGCGACAAGAGGGAUGGAUUGACCCUAGCCACAUCGAUGUUAGAUCGACUCGACGAGGACAACAUACUUGCCAAUGCCGUCGCAGCCCUCAACCUCAAUCGGGAAUCUUCUUCAGACAAAUGGGAAAGAAUUGAUGGUUCUUUGGAUUAUCUUGAUGAUUUUCCCCAUUUGUCUGAAGAAGAUCUCCGAUCAAUCACAGUGGGUAGUUACCAACUGAGACAGGCCCGAUCUUAUUAUGCGGAGCAUAUUAAGUUCAAUGGGAGUUAUGUGAUAGAUGUAUGCAAACACACUGGCGAUCUAUCACUUAGCUCCCAUGGCCUCUCAGUUGGAGACCCACUGUUGAUUCGAGGGCGGAUACAGUCUCGACACCGUUCUUCCAAUAGAUACUUUAUCUACAUCCUCAUCGACAAAGCAGUUCAAGUCGAUGAGAAGGACGGUGUCGAUUCUGUAUCCGGUUAUUCUUGUUCUUGCCCUAAUGGCCUCAGAACUGUGGGCUGUUGUGCCCAUGUGGCCACAGUUCUGUGGUAUCUCGGAUUUGGUCGUCACCAAUCCGAGAUCCUAAUUCCCGCAGAUUUUUAA